UUAGUGGCUGCGAGCUGAGCCUCAGGCGGCAGCAAGCGAUAGUGGAGGGUGCUGGAUGCUCGCUGUUUCUUCGCUUCUUCCCGGCUUGUGUUCGGCUUGCGCAGCGCCAACCCGCUUGGGUCUGGGAGGGAACCGGGAUGCUAAGCAAGAGAAGUCCAGCAUCUCAGCCUCAGGGCUUCAGGGGAGAAAGCGAAGCUCUUCUAGGUGAAGCCGCGGUCUGUUCGCGGUCUUCCCGUGGCCGCCUGCGCUUCGAACCCUCGCCAGAUUUGGCCAGGCAUCUUCUUCCAGCGCCGCCGAUGCUGGGUGCUCCGGAGAGUGGGGACCACAGCGGUGAGGGCGCGACCCGAACACCGAGGAUGGAUGCUCGCACCUGGCGUCUGGGAUGGCGCUGUCUCCUUCUCCUGGCUCUUCUUGGAUCUACCCGAAGCGAGGGCGUGGAAAGCUGCGAAGAAGUUCGGAAACUUUUCCAGUGGAGGCUUGGGGGAGCUGUCAAGGGGCUGCCGGAGGCACCGCGGGCAGGACCUGAUCUUCAGGUGUGCCUAUCCAAAAACCCAACGUGCUGUACCAGGAAGAUGGAGGAGCAGUACCAGAUUGCCGCUCAGCAGGAUUUGCAGCAGGUGCUACAGACAUCCAGCUCAACACUAAAGUUGCUAAUAUCUCGGAAUGCAGCUGCUUUUCAAGAGACCCUGGAAACCCUCAUCCGACAAGCAGAGAAUUACACCAGUAUCCUUUUCUGCAACACCUACCGGAACAUGGCCUUGGAGGCUGCCGCUUCCAUUCAGGAGUUUUUCACCGAUGUGGGACUCUAUUUAUUUGGUGCGGACGUUAACCCCGAGGAAUUUGUAAACAGAUUUUUUGACAGUCUUUUCCCUCUGGUCUAUAACCAUCUCAUAAACCCUGGUGUGACUGACAGUUCUCUGCAAUACUCAGAAUGCAUCCGAACGGCCCGCCAGGAUGUUAGUCCAUUUGGCAACAUCCCCAAAAGAGUCAUGGGACAGAUGGGGAGGUCACUGCUGCCGGGCCGCACAUUCCUGCAGGCGCUUAAUCUGGGCAUUGAAGUCAUCAACACCACGGACCAUAUCCACUUCUCUAAGGAGUGCAGUAGGGCCCUCCUGAAGAUGCAGUACUGUCCUCACUGCCAGAGCCUGACGCUCAGUAAGCCCUGUAUGGGGUACUGCCUCAAUGUCAUCAGGGGCUGUCUAGCCCACAUGACAGACCUUAAUCCACACUGGCAUGCUUAUAUCCGCUCCUUGGAAGAGCUGUCGGAUGCGAUGCACGGAACCUACGACGUUGAGCACGUGCUCCUGAACUUCCACUUGCUUGUUAAUGACGCCAUGCUGCAGGCUCACCUCAACGCGCAGAAGUUACUGGAUCAGGUGAAUAAGAUUUGCGGCCUUCCAGUGAGAACACCGACGCAGAGCCCCCGCUGUACUUUUGAUCCAAGCAAAGAGAGGCAUGGGAUGAAGAUCUCUCCAAGGAAUGGUGAAGAGACACUUGCCAACAGAAGAAAAGAAUUCAUCAAUAGCCUUAGGCUGCACAGGUCCUUCUACGGUGGCCUGGCUGACCAGCUUUGCGUUAAUGAAUGGGCUGCAGCUGAAGGGAGGCCCUGCUGGAAUGGGGAGGACAUAGUGAAAAGCUACGCUCAGCGUGUGGUUGGAAAUGGCGUCAAAGCCCAGUCUGCAAAUCCUGAAGUCAGAGUCAGAGGAACUGAUCCUGUGAUAAACCAGAUCAUUGACAAACUGAAGCAUGUGAUCCAGGUAAGUACAGGUUUUUAAAUUUUUAUUAUAUCGAUUUUAUUAUAUUUUAUAUUGAUCUCUAUUUUAUUAUCAGCUUUAAAUGGUAUGUGAAUGCUUUCUAACAUAUUUGAUUACUAAGUGUGUCCUAUAUCCACCUACGUUGAUCUUCGGAAUGAUUUACUUAUAUCUCUUGUUCCAGAAACACUUUGUAAAGUCAUCAUCAUUUAAACUCAGUUCCAAUGGUAUGUUUGAACAGUGUGCAUCUGUGACAAGCAGGUCUUUACCCCUUCCACUUCAGUAGUGAACCUUUCAGGGUACAUUCAUUUUCAGUCAUGAAGCUGUAAGUCUAGGGACAACUACGAUCACUAAAGAAAACAUCUAUCCGACCACAAAAGCCAGAAAAUCCUUUCAUAUAACUAUAUGAACAUUGUCAUAAACAUUGCGACAUCCUUAACAAAACUUAGCUUAUAAAUAAAUGGCCUUCAUUUCUGCUAUUUAUAUUUUUCACAUUAUACAUAUUAGGUAUAUAGUCUCACUGGUGUGUGCUCAUUAAAUAUUUCCAUUUGAUCUUUUAUGUCA